UCCCCAGUUCCUCAGGGAAAACAACUGUUUUGGUUGCAAGUUGUUCCGUGGGUUCCCAGGCUGACGCCUCAGAUCUGUGCAGUCCAGAGCCAAUGGAAAUGACCAGAGUUGCAGUUAUUGGUGCAGGUGUGAUUGGACUCUCCACAGCUGUCUGCAUUUCUGAAUCCAUCCCACAAUGCUCCAUUGAUGUUAUUUCAGAUAAAUUUACACCUAACACAACUAGUGAUGUAGCAGCUGGAAUGCUUAUUCCUCAUGCUUACCCAGAUACACCAGUUCACCUGCAGAAGCAGUGGUUUCAAGAGACCUUUGACAGAUUGUUUGGGAUCACUAAUUCAUCAGAAGCUAUAGAUGCUGGCAUUCACCUGGUAUCUGGCUGGCAAAUAUAUAGAAGCAUCCCUCCUGAAGAGAGACCCUUCUGGGCUGACACUGUACUGGGAUUUCGAAAGAUGACUCAAUCAGAACUGAAGAAAUUUCCACAGCAUGUAUUUGGUCAAACCUUUACUACCAUGAAAUGUGAAGGCCUCUCUUAUCUGCAGUGGCUGGAGAAAAGGUUAAGAGGAAGUGGAGGCCAUAUCCACAUCAGGAAAGUAGAAGAUCUGUGGGAGCUUUAUAGCUCAUAUGAUAUUGUUGUCAAUUGCUCAGGCCUCGGAAGCAGAGAGUUAGUAGGUGACUUGGAGCUUUUUCCUGUGAGGGGCCAAGUACUUAAAGUUCAAGCUCCUUGGGUGAAGCAUUUUAUCCGAGAUGGGGAUGGACUGACCUAUAUUUACCCAGGAGCCUUCAACGUAACCCUAGGUGGAACAAGACAAAAAGAUGAUUGGAACUUGUCCCCUGAUCCACAAAAUAGCAGAGAGAUUCUUAACAGGUGUUGGGCUCUUGAGCCAUCUCUUCAAGGUGCUUGGGAUAUUAAAGAGAAGGUGGGCUUGCGGCCAUCACGGCCUGGAGUGCGACUACAGAAGGAGAUAUUAACACAGGAUGGACAUCAACUACCAGUGGUUCACAACUAUGGCCAUGGCUCUGGUGGCUUCUCUGUGCACUGGGGCACUGCUCUCCAGGCUGUUGAGCUUAUUAAAGAGUUAAUCACUACUUUGAGAAUCUCCACUUCCAAGGCAAAGCUGUAGAUGAUAUGAGCCUGCAUAUAGCAGUUAAUUUAUAUUGUGUGAUUGAAGCAAUAGGCUUCAAUAAAGAACAUGGCAUAGAGUAUGAAAAUUGAGAUCCCAAAGAUCUGAAUUUGAAUCUUGCCUCCGAGACUUACUUACAUGGCUAUGUGAUGAUGGACAAGUCACUUAAUCCCUUUGCACUUCUGCUUCCUCAUCUAUAAAAUAAAAUUAAUAAUAAUAAUAACUUUACAAGGUUAUUGUGAGGAUUCAAUAAAGUAACACGUAUAAAGUAUAUUCCAUUGUUAGAUAUUAUAACAAUAAUAAUAAAAAUAACAAACUGAGAGGAAUUAAGGUCACUAAAUGUUUUCAGUACUAUCAUGAUGGGUGUGGUAGGCAGAAUACCAAUUGAAGAAGAAUUUUCUGUAGACAAUGACAUUUCCAGAUAUUAUUGCUUGCAUAUCUCAGAGCAUAUGACAAAAUAUAACAGAACCUCCUCAGUGCCAUCCGUAGACAACUAAAAAGUUCAGACUUCACAAUCUAUAGGAAAAAUCAAGUGAAUGAAUACCUAAUGUCUUCAUCAUAAGAAGCAGCCUUUUUAAUUAAUCAUUAAUUAAAAAUUAAUUAAUUAAUUAAUUAAUAUUGGAUAUCUACAGAAUGUUCAAUAAUCUAGAGAAGGGCAUCUAAGACGUUGGGUAAAAAUUAAAAUUUCACAAGAUGAAAAAGAUUGUGACAUUUGAGGGUUCAUGCUCAUCUAUGACUUCAGAGAUCCAUUGAAAUAUUAUAGCUCCAAAGUCAGAAGGGACAUUAGAAACCAUCUACCCCAACUCCUCAUUUUAUGGGGAGGGGGGAAUGAGUCUCAGAGAAAUCAAGUUAUUUUCCCAAAAUCACAGAAGUAGAAAGUGACAGAACCAGGAUUUGUUAUCAGAUCCAAGUCUUGUCCAGGUCCCCUCAAGAUUAUUAAAUCCUACCUUGAACAUUUACUAGGUGUGUGAAUCUGGGCAGGUCACUGAAACUUUUGAGCCUCAGUUUCUUCAUCUGUAAAAUGGGGAUGAUAAUAGCUACUAUUUCACAGAGUUAAGAUAAAAUGAGAUAAUAAAUACAAAGCACUUUGCAAAUCUUAAAGAGCUAUAUAAUUUCUUGCUCUUAUUUUUUAUUAUUGUUAUAUAGUUCUUUACAAUUUCUAAAAUCUUCUCCAUAACACUGUGAGCACAAGCAUUGUUUUAAAGAUGAAGAUAAUAAGCUCAAAGACAUUAGAUGCUAUUGUAAGAAACCUGUGUCCCCUUUUUUCUUAUUAUCUCUCCUACUUAUUCCCUGAGUAACCUUGGGCAAAUCACAACCUCCUGGACCUUCUUCAAAGAAAUGGUUAAAUUAGAUGUUUACCUUCCCCUUCCCCUCUACCAGCUUCCUUCUGGUGUAAUGCCUCUGACCCUCUGGAACCUUUUCCCUCUGAAGUAUCUUGCCCAUGAUCCUCUAACUGGUAAAUUUAAGAGCUAGGAAGGGGCAGGUUAAACCCAAGAUUUUUGAUUCUAAACUCAAUAUUCUUUCUUCUAAUAUCUUGGAUCUCUAGUGUGAACAUUAAUUUAAAGUCUUGAUGUAGGUCUAAGAAUAUUUACUAGUACAGAAGAUUUUCAGUAACCUUUCCUACAUUUUGAAAAUUGGUAUUAAUAUAUCUAAUAGCAAUAGACAUUAAUAGAUAUGUGAAGUAAAGAUUUAUAAAACUAUAUAGACUAAAACCUCAAUUUUUAAUUAUUUUAUCAAAAUCAAAAUUUAUUUUGGUCUUUGUAGCUAAGGAUAGGUAUUCAUUUUUAUGGGUGCAAGGACUGUUUUUUUUUGUCUGGAACAUCUUUUGUAUCUAAAUUCCAGUAUAGAAAAAAAGAAAGGGAUGAAAACUAUAUGUGUCCAUGUCAUACUUAUAUUCUCUGUUAUUUUCAGUGGGCAGUUCAUUUACCAUGAUAUUUUUCCUAGAUGAAAUCACAAAGAAGACAGUCAAAUCACUGUCGAAUUGAAUUGAAUUGAAUAAAAGUAUCGUUUAUCCUGAUAAUAGUAGUAACUUUAUGUCUUCUAGACUAGGACUGGUGAUAGUAGCAGUCACUGGUAAAACUCCUCAGGUACCAAGGUUUGGCAUUAAUUUAAUAACUAUUUUUGGUAUAUCCAUCCCUCUAUUCUCCUCUGUUAGAAUAAGUAAUUGAAAAUUGCCUGAAAUUAAGACAACUCUGAGAUACCACUACAUACCUCUCAGAGUGGCUAAGAUGAAAGGAAAAGAUAAUGAUGAAAAUUGGAGGGGAUGUGGGAAAAUGGACACUGAUACAUUGCUGGUGGAAUUGGGAAUCGAUCCAGUCAUUCUGUGGAGCAAUUUGGAACUAUGUUAAAAAAGUUAUUAAACUGUCCAUACUUUUUGAGCCAGCAGUGCUUCUACUGGGCUUAUAUCGUAGGGAGAUCUUAAAGGAGAGAAAGGGACCCACAUGUGCAAAAAUGUUUGUGGCAGCCCUUUUUAUAGUGGCAAGAAACUGGAAAUUGAUUGGAUGCACAUCAGUUGGAGAAUGGCUGAACAAGUUAUGGUAUGUGAAUGUUAGAGAAUAUUAUUGUUCUGUAAGAAAUGAAGAAAUGAUCAGCAGGAUGAUUUCAGAGAAGCCUGGAAAGACUUACAUGAAUUGAUGCUAAAUGAAAUGAGCAGAAUCAGGAGAUUAUUAUAUAUGGCAACAACCAGAUUAGAUGAUGAUCAAUUCUGAUGGAUGUGGGUCUCUUCAACAAUGAGAUGAUUCAGACCAGUUCCAGUGAUCUUGAGAGGAAGUGAGCCUUCUACAGCUAGAGAGAGGACUGUCUGAGUGUGGUUCACAGCAUAGCAUUUUCACUCUUUUUGUUGUUGUUUGCUUGCAUUUUAUUUUCUUUCUCAAUUUUUUUUUCUUGUUUGAUUUGAUUUUUCUUGUGCAACAAGGUAAUUGUAUAAAUAUGUAUGCAUAUGUUGGAUUUAACAUAUAUUUCUACCAUAUUUAAAUAUAUAUUGGACUACUUGCCAUAUGGGGGAGGGAUGGGAAAAGUGGGGGGGAUUAGAAUACAAAGGUUUUGCAAGAGUUAAUGUUGAAAAAUUAUCCAUGUAUAUGUUUUGAAAAUAAAAAGUUUUAAUAAAAAUUAUUUUUCUAAAAAAAAAAAAGAAAAAGAAAAUUGCCUGUAUUUUGUUUUUCUGAUUGUUAGGUUCUAGUGAAUUAGUUCAAGCAUUUUUCUAAAUUCUACUGCAAUUAUAUAAUCAAAAGGUUAAUUUUUGUAAUAAUAAAAAUUGUAAUAAAAUAAAACAUUAUAAUAAAAUACAAUUUUGUAAUAAGGAUAGAUUGACCUUUCUGAAUGUAAUUAUUUCUUUUUUAAUGAUGAAAACUUUUUCUUCCAUGUAGAGAUUGUUUCAUUUAUGCUGUUGUGUGGCACAAAGUAGGUGUGAAUACAUACUUAUUAAUUGAA